AUGCUUCUUCAGCAAUAUACAUACUUAAUCAAUAACUUCAAUCAAUUACUAUCUUAUUGGAUAACCAAAAACUUUAAAAUACUCCAAAUUGAACUGGAUGCAUACAUAAAUGUUAAUAAUAAAGAAAAGGUUUUACAAUUAAGAGAAAGCAAAAUUAAACGUCCAUAUUCAGCCUGGCUACGAAAUAUUAAAUGCGAUGUAAAAUCAUUAAGUUUUCAACAUGUUAGGAAAAAAUUUUGUAACAAAUUCUUGAAACAGUUUAAUGAUAGCCAUUCGCCUGCUUUAGCUUUGCACUCUCACGAAAAUGACCUUCAUCUUUCUGCUAUAAAUAAUCAAGAACUAUUGAAAUUACUUGCUGAUAAAGCAAAGGUAGUAGUAAAUGAAUAUAACAGCUCAGGUGAAGGUAAAGCUGCUUUGCAAAAAUAUAACACAUAUGUUGGAAGUGUAUUCAUCCUCUGUAUUGUAAUGGGCUUAAUAUAUCGAGUUCAUAAGAAAGUAUCACAG